UUAAUGACUAUCAUUCUUUCCAUUUCUGGUGCAAAACAUCUACAUAUAUUAUACGUUGCUUCUUCGUAAUUAUUUCUUAAAAGCAAGCACGUGAGCGCGCUGGCACAGGUACAACAAUAUGGAAAUCGACAUGAAUAUUAAUGAUAUAUUGCAAGUACUACGAGAAAUGAUAACGUUUCUGGAAUGUCUCGGCGAUGCGCAGCUUCCACUUAUACUCGAAAACUUACGGGAGAAGCUGUUGAUACGAUCGAAGAACACUCUAAGCGUCACAAUGGCUCGAGCGUCAUCCCCGGAACCUUACUUGGAUAUGAAGUCCGGACCGAGAAGCUUAUUGUUGACCAAGAGUAAAACCGAUUCAGAAGAAUACGUCGGAAUGGAAGAAUCUCAAAAGAAAAGUAUCCUUCGCACGCACACUCAUCAGGAUUAUUACGAAACCUUCGAAAACAACGGCUCUCUCCAGACUGCGAGCGUGUCAUCAGUCACGAAUCUCAAGCAAAGCAACGAUCAUGACGAGGGGGGCCAGACGCUGAUCGGAAUUUACAAGAACGUUUCGGCGAUGCAAAUUAAAAGCAAGUGUCACAAAUGCGGCCCGCUCUACAGGAAAGAAGGGAAGAAGUUGUUUCUAUCGGAAAACCGUGCCUGCUGGAUGGCAUUGGUUGGAUCACACCUGCUCAUCUAUCGAAGCGAACGGCACAAUCGACCGUACGCGAUCUAUCCGAUUCGGGGUUACAGAGCCCGCCCGGCACCAAACAUGAUUCCCCGUGAUCGACAAAAGAGCGAAUCAGCCUUCGAGAUAUACAGCCCUGGAAACGAAACGUUACAGUUUAUCGCGAGGACGCCCAAGGACAUGGACCAAUGGGUAACGAAGAUCAGCGAAAUGGAAUGUCACAAUGAGAGCGAAAGGAGCAAAGCAGUGGAAGCUCGCGAAAAGAAAAGGCAGACUGCUAUCGUCAAAUCUCCGCUGACGGAUCACAGUUGUAGUAACGAGGGAACGCGACCUCGAGAUGCUGAAAAAUUAGCUAUCGUCGAUGACUCAACGGCCAAAGCCGAAUUGGCGAAUAACAAAGUUGAGCGAAAAGAGAACGCAGAUGAAAGGGCUCCUGCGUUACCUGCUCGAAUACCUCGAAGACUUCCCUCUUUACCUCCCGAUAACGAUAGUCUCACGGUAUCCUCUUACAGAGCGACCGUCGAGGGUGACGACGACGACGAUGAUGACAUUUAUCACAGAAUCGAAGACCUGAGGAAUGAAAUGCGUUAUCAAAAUGUAGCAAUGCCGAAAGAAAAGCAGGCUAAUGACGAGAAUCGGAAGCAAUCUAUCGCGUACGACGACAUUGGUGCGCGUAAUGAAAAAAACGAGAGAAAUGAGAAGAUGGAGGAGGGUAAGUCCUGUGACACAGUAUCGUCUCAAGAGACGUACGACGAUAUCGUUACACUUUCGCGAACAGACGCUACGAAGAUCGAGUCGAAACGGAACCUGGAUAACGAUUCAUCUAUCGAUGUAGCUACUGUUGAUGGGGCGAUCGAGAAAAGAGAAGAGUUUUACGACGAUGUGCAAAGCUUGAUUCCACACGGGAGAUCCGCCAAAGAUCGUGUCAAGAUCGAGAAAGAAACAUCGAGCAAGCUUCAACCGAAAAAGUCUUUUCUGGAUAGAGUUUUAAGCAGAAAAGAAUGUCCCAGCAAAGAAACGGACAAGAGAGAGAGAUAUCGUUACAAGAAUAAAGUUUCGUCGAAUCCAGCAUCACCUUUGGAUACGGGAAAAAUGCCUACUUACGACGACGUGUCCGAUCUAAUAACGAAACAGGAUCACCAGGCAGGAUCCUUGACGGACGAAAGUGAGGAAUUGCCGGAAUAUAAUCAUCCUCCUCCACCGAGGCCAAUUUACCAAGUAAAAUUGCCCGCGGAAAGCCAAAGUACUGAUGAAACGCAAGAAUUAUACGACGAUGUUAGCGGCUAUCAAGAACAACAUAAAAAUUCUGAGCAGCAACUAAUCUUGCAGUUGACACGGGAUUUAUGUACGAAAGUAAACGAAGCUGAAUGCAACGCGACGCAGGAUACAGAAUCGGAAACGAAUGCCCGAGAAGAGCUGGAGCAUUAUCAGUCACCAAAAAGCGACUUGUGUAUUCGCGACGAUACCGAUCAGAAUGAAGAAUUGUACGACGAUAUAGCGUUGUGGGCCGACUUCACGGCACGACAAAGAGACACUGGCAAGAGAGAGACCGACGAUGCUAAAUCGGUCAGCAUAGACAAAAAAGCCUGGAAUCGAUUUGCCGUCAACCGAAAAUCACGAGUCACGAGCGACUUCAACUGCUCCACCGAGCCAAAUAGACGUGGCGGUAACGAGGGAAGCGACGAGAUCGAGGAUUCGCCUGAGAACAGUGGGGCGAUCAAAAGGAACACCUUUCAAAAAUUGAUCAGCAGAAUGGAAAACUCUCUCGCUAAAGUUUCCGCGAGAAAUCCGUCUUCGCUAUCGACGAGCAAGUCAAGUGUAACGAGUAAUAACUCGUAAAGCUCGGAUUUGUACCAACUUAUAUAAUAUAUAAGUACAGCUUUAUACGUGUAGAAGAUUAACUUACGUAUAAUUA